AUGAUCGCCCGGAUCCCGCAAAAUAAGCGGCUUGUCGUCGCCAUCGCAUCGGCGGUCGCCUUGUUGUUUAUGUACUUGCUUUCUAAUCAUACCCUGAAUGGAAGCAUAGUCUAUGUGGACAAGGCCACGGGUGAAAUAGUGUCUGAUUUCCAGAAACAACCCGCUCCUGUGCUGCCGCCCGCUCCUGCGCUGCCGCCAGUGACUAACAAUGAUGCCCCUUCCAUCAAAGACAAUUCCAAAGAGGAGAACGCUGCCUUUCAGCAGAUCGGCUCGCAAGAGCAGGUGGGUAAGCAGCCUGGCGACUGUUUGAUCCCUGGCGACAGAGUGAAAGCCACAUUCGUCUCUUUGGCUAGAAAUGAAGAAUUGUACGACUUGAUCAAGGCAAUUAGAAAUGUGGAGGACAGAUUCAACCGCAAGUUCCGUUACGAUUGGGUCUUCCUCAACGACAAACCCUUCACGCAAGAGUUCAAGGACUUGACAAGCUCCAUCGUUUCUGGAAAUGCCAAGUACGGUGAAAUCCCAAAGGAACAUUGGUCCUACCCAGAGUGGAUCGACAUGGACAAAGCUGCCAAGUCUCGUUCGGACAUGAAGGCUCAGAAGAUCAUCUACGGAGACUCCGAGCUGUAUAGACACAUGUGUCGGUUUGAGAGUGGAUUCUUCUGGAGAAACCCAUUGUUAGAUGAGUAUGACUGGUACUGGCGUGUCGAGCCAGGUAUCCAGGUGCAUUGUGAUUUGAACUACGAUUUGUUCAAGUACAUGGAAGACAAUGACAAGGUCUACGGAUUCACAAUUUCCAUUCACGAGUUUGAGAAGACAAUUCCCCUGUUGUGGCAACACACAAAGGACUUCAUCAAGAAAUACCCACAGCAUAUCGCCAAGGACAACUUCAUGGAGUUCAUUAGUGACAACAACGGUGAGACAUACAACUUGUGCCACUUCUGGUCCAAUUUCGAGGUGGCUUCGUUGAAGUUCUGGAGGUCACAAGCGUACAGAGACUACUUUGACUACCUCGACAAGACAGGCGGAUUUUUCUACGAGCGCUGGGGUGACGCACCUAUUCACUCCAUUGCGGCUGCGCUUUUUUUGCCCAAGGACAAGAUCCACUACUUCGAGGACGUCGGAUACAACCACGGAGUAUACACUCAAUGUCCGUUGAAUCCUCAGUUCCGUUUUGAGCACCGCUGCGAUUGUAACCCAGAUAAGGACUUCACAUUCAGAGGAUACAGUUGUGGUAAAAAGUAUUACGAGGCAAUGAAGCUCGAGAAGCCCAAGGAAUGGGUGGACUACCAGUAA